UAUACAUGGUUUGUAUGGUUAGGUUCGGGACAGAUAUUUAUUAACGGCGAGAAUAAACAAACGGACGAGAAAUCUAAUCAAUGGUUCGGUGCGACCCUUCAUAGCGCCGGCGAGAAUGGGAUGAUCGUGGCAUGUGCGCCCCGUUAUGUAUACUAUUCAACCACGUUAAAAAGGAGGGACCCGGUGGGCACGUGUUGGAUAUCCCGGGGCUCAUUUACCGGCUUUUUUGAAUACUCUCCCUGUCGUACGCACGCCUGGGGUUAUCACAGACAGGGCUCAUGUCAGGCCGGCUUAUCCGCCAGUGUCUCA